UCUUUAUCAUCUCUGGCAAAGCACCGGGAUAGGAAAGUCCCACACGGGGCACCCAAAAAUAUAACAAGUGCAUAGUCUGCUGUCCCUUUAUAGCAGCAGAAAAAGGAUUACCUGCAGGUUUGCGUCUUUGGCGUAAGGGGCUUUCCUGGCGUUAAACCGCGUUAAUCUUGGGACAAUAAAGAUUAAAUGACACAGUGAGACCGAUCGACGAUAUGGGAAAUAAUCACUUUGUGUUCACAAUUGCAGUUCAUUGAAACUUUCGCUGGUGGGACCUACAAACCAGACACCGGCAAAAAAGGAAAUUCGCUUCUAUAAACUGGAAUAUGUAGACAGAGAAUUCGUGAGAGAAAGAAGAACAAACAGAUGGGUACUUUGGGUCUGUCUAUUUUUUCCCCGUAGCCCGUUGUAACUAGCUCGUGAUGACAGACAUGAAAGAAAACACACUUGAAGAGAAAGAAAGCGACAAUGAAAAUGGCCGGCCGGGUAGUGAAAUCUCCCUGGAUUCCUCGGAUUCUAACAGAAAGAGACCCUCCCUGCGGGGCAGUGCCAAGUUUAGGAGGGUGCCCUCCGCAGCAAAUAGCCAGGGAUCUAUGGAAGACAAAAUGCUGGCCCUGAACGCCCUACUGUCGGACAGCCUGUUGAUCACAGAGUUUCCCGGAAGGAACGGGGAGGUCAGCAGAAACGGGAAAACCGAGGACGACGACACGCUGAAAGACGAGUUUGGCGACGAUCUCAGUGAUGACGAUUUCGAAGAGCUUCCAGAAGAUGGUAGAUCUUCCAGGGAUGUCGACUAUGACACGGAUUUAGAUAUGGACUAUGAUGAAUGGAUCAACGAAGCCAAAAGGGAAAUAGAAAACGACAAAACGGGAGAAAAGAAAUACUUGCACAUGUGUGAGGAAACGGGAGUUAUUCCUGCGUCAUAUUUUCUGAAUCACAUACAAGAAAAAGAAUUCAGUAUGAAAUAUCAUGGACUCGGUCCAAAUGGUGCUAAGGCCAUCGCAUGGCCGCUAAAGACGAAUAAGAAGAUUGAGAAAAUAAACCUGGAAGGCAAUUGGAUUGAAGCCGAAGGAUCAAUAUAUCUGGCGAAGAUGUUGAAAAAUAAUAUCUAUGUCACAGAGCUGCAUUUAGCAGAGAAUAGGAUAGGCAACGAGGGAGCAGAGGCAAUCAGCGACAUGUUACAGAAAAACGACAUGAUCUACUCACUCGAUCUGUCGGGCAACUCCAUUGAAGACUACGGUGCUGAAAAACUAUGUAGAGUGCUCUUGAAAAAUUCCUCUAUCAAACAUCUGUACCUUGCCAACAAUAAGUUCGAGGAAAGGGCGGCUGGCUGGCUCCGAGAGGUCCUGACGAACAAUGAAACACUGGAAACUGUUGAUCUAAGCUGGAAUCAUCUUAGGACAAGGGGAGCUAUCGCCAUUGCAGAGGGUGUUCAGGAGAACUAUGGUCUGCGAAUACUCAAUUUAGCUAUGAAUGGGUUCGCGCAAGACGGAAGUGAAGCAAUGGGGAAAGCAUUGAAAAAUAACCGGACUCUCCUGGAACUGGACCUUAGUCAUAACCGGAUACCCGAGGCAGGGGCCACGGCCAUCAGCCAGGGUCUACAGCAUAACGACACCCUCAAAGUACUCAGGGUGGCGUCCAAUCCUUUGGGAGGUGAGGGACCUCUAGAACUGCUGAAUGUUAUUGCAAAGAACGACAUGAGCGAAAUCCGUGUUCUGGAUUUGACGGACGUUCUAGUUACCCCGGCGUUUAAAGAACUCCAGCAAAGUUUGGAAAAAGACCGAAUCCUCACUGUGUAUUUCGGUAACGUAGUGGGAGAGAUAUUUGAUUUUAGUUCGAUUAAAUUCGAUCCGUUUUGCGACUUCCGUCGAAACCCUAUGUCACUACUCAUUGAAUACUGCAAAGAAGCUGGUUAUAGACUGGUGGACCUAUUUAACGAUUUCGAUAGGGAUGGGAACCAGGUUAUCUCAAAAGAAGAAUUCAUUAUGGGAAUUAAAAAAGCUGGUGUAAAGAUUAGCAUAAGGCAACUUGAAAUUCUCAUUGAGUCUCUGGACAUAAACAAAGAUGGUAAUAUCGACUUCAGUGAGCUUAAGAAAGGAAAAGAGAACUGGUCAUCGGAGAGAAAACAUACACACAACAAAAAAUGAAGCUGGCCGCGGAGGCGAAGAAACUGGGGAGGAAGGUAUCUUCCACAAAGUUGAUGGAUGAUAUGUACCUAAAGAAGAUGAUCGAUGAAAACUAUGCGUAGACUUUUUGUUGCUUAUCUGGGCAUUGAAAUACUGUUACCAUUUUAUGUUCUACAUGUAUCUCUGUUUUUUUUUAUAUUUAUGAAGAAUUGCAUGCAUCGUGAAGUCAUUGAUUGCAUUCCUUUGCUGGGGGGGAGGGGGGACCUAUGAAAUAGUCACCGAACUCUCUUCUGGUUUUAAUGUUGUUAGAUUGGCAAUCUCAUUGUAGGAUCUUAACUUUUUAACGAUAGAAAAGCUAAUAGGUGCAUGCAUUGUUAGUAUAUGUACAUUAAAAACUUUAUUGUUAUAAUUGGACUUAUUUGAAAGGAAGCGUGUAACGAGCAGAAAAAAAAUUACCGAGAGCGUAAUCAAAAGUUUAUGAACAAUGACAAUUAAGCCCGUUAGAACAUGAAUUGUCUGUAUAAUUUUUAAAGAUGUUUAUAAUUUAUUCAAUAUUUGUUAUAUUUGUGUAUAUGCUGAUUAAAAUAUUCUGUUGAUAAUAA